GCGAAGGAGUCUGGCGGCAGCGCAUCUGUGGAAAAGGAGAUCGAGAAACCAGCAGGCUCACAGGAGCAACGUGCAGAGCCCCUGGAGAAGGCCGUGGAGGCUCGGAAGCCCGCAGCGGUCCCGGAGAAGCAGCCUGUUGUGGAGCCCAUGGAGGCUGAGAAGCCCACAGCGGUCCCGGAGAAGCAGCCUGUGGAGCCCAUGGAGGCCGUGGAGGCUGAGCAGUCCGCGGUCGUGAAGGCCCUCAAGGCCCGCCAAAAGCCGCCGGCGCCGUUCAAGAGUCGAGGUGAUGUUUCGAGUUACCUCUACAUAGACAGAUGGAUGUGUGAGCCCAUUGCCGUGGAGAACAUCCACGCGUUUGGGAAGCUGCGGGCAGCCGGCCAACUCAACCUCAGGCAGAUGGGCUUCCAGGGUCGGAUGUACUCUGGCUUCCACCAGCACCUAUACGACGUUGUGGGCAACUACCACUUCCUCCCGCCAGUGUUCGAGGAGCUCCGCAAUGCCGGCAUGCAGAGCUACGCAACAUCUCGCGCUGCCUUCACACUGCCCAACUUGGAGCGAAGCCUGAUUCGCAGCGGUCUCCCUCUGGCCAAUAUAGACCAGCGCUUGGUGGAGGACAGGGAGGCCGUCUACCGCGAGUUGGGAGUGCCCCGCGUCGAUGCGAAGAAGUUCAUGAACGCCGUCCUCUUCGCUGAUUUUCAAGACAAGGCCAAUGCGAAGUACGUGCACAUUCUGGAGAAGCGGAAGGGGUAUGUGGAGGCCCAGCUCCAGACCUUUCUGUGUCAACGCAAGGAGCGCCGCAUCGUGGAUGAGAUGCAGCAGUCGCGGCUCGGCCAGGUGGUGAGCUGGGAACAUGACGGCCUCGUCGUGGCCCCCUUCCACACCCCUGCAGACUUUGACCUGGCCGCCUGGCAGAAGAAGGCUCUGGAGGACAGUGACUGGCUGGAGACGGAGAAGGUGAGGCGCAAGCUGACGGGGUACCUUGCCACGGGCAUUGACAACGCCGUCAUCCUCUCCGCCACUCCGCCCAAAUGGAAGGGCAUGCCUCCGGCAGUGGCGCAUCGCACCGCGGCCAUGCGGGUGAUUGCAAAGAGCGCCCUGCAGGGCAAGCUGUACGACGCGGUCUUCAUGCGGAAAUUAAACGGGGAGGCCUACCGCCGCUUCGUGAUGUUCCGCAACGGGAAGGUGAUGGACCGUGACGACUACAGCGGGCUCUUUGAGCAGCUGGAUUCCAAGCUGGGCGACCUUGUGACGAGCUUGCAGGCCGUGCGGGACUUUGAGGCCGGCCUGACCGACUACCUCGAGGACAGCACCUUGCCGGUGGAGCUGCAGGAGCAGCUGGCGGCCCUGUUCGGCACCUACAGCAUCUAUCUGGGCCACGAGUUGCUGAGCUGCCCGGCCAAGGGCCUGGAGAGUGCGAGUCCUGCUCGCAUGCGGCUGCAGGGCACGCGGCUGGUGACGUUCUCGGAGAUGGAGCGGGCCGCGGCCGUGCAUAGCUCCAUCUUCAAGCAGUGGAGCGAGCACUGCACGCGCGUGCAAGCGCGCAACCUUUUCAGUGACAUUGUGGAGUUUCAGGUGCAAUUCGGGAUGAUCCUCUCGACCAACAAGUCCAUCUCCUUCACGGACCUAGACGGAGGAGUUGAAAGGCGAUUGAGCAUUGUGCCAUGGCCAAUGCGCUUUACCCGGACUGAGCCCAACGUCCUGGCGGGCCGCGCUCCUGGCCUGAUGUGGUUGCUGAUGAAGAUCGCCCGGAUCUUCUCCAGAACCGCGACGCCGUUGUCAG